AUGUUUGGCAUGCUUCUGAAGUUGGUAGUGGUAGCAGUAAUGAUCCGACAAGGACUGAUUUUGCUGAAGAAGAGAAAACAGAGGGGGAGAACAGAGGAAAUCAGGAGGCUGCUGAGAUUGGCAGAAACAGAGGCCAAGUCAUGCAAAGAGAUAUUGGUUAAAGAGAGGGAACAGAGGAUGAGGUCUCUGCCUUGCACCUUAUGUGGAACACCAACUACCACAAGGUGUGCUCGUUGCAAAUUGGUUCGAUAUUGUUCUGGAAUAUGCCAAAUAAUACACUGGAGGCAAGGCCAUAAAUAUGAAUGCUUUGAGACAAAGGAUAAUACCAAGAAAUCCCUUAAGCAGAUUGAGAAAAGGGUGAGACAUCUUGAGGAAGAGCUAGCUAAGUCUAAGAAAGAGGAUUCACUGCUAGAAUCAGAGGGCAAUAAUUGGUCAGCCCUAACAAAUUUUGUUAGCAGAAGACUAAACAACUUGAUGAGAGAAUCUGAUGAAAACCAGAUUGCAGAGGAAGAAAGGAUUGUUGAGAGGAGCAAACAAGAUAAACACACCCGAAAGCUUGAGAGUGAAUAUGCAAAGGCCGCGAAAGAGCUGCGAGAAGAGCAGGAACAAGUACGAAGGCUUAAACGGGAGGUAGAGAGGAUUACAACUUCCAAUAGAAAAAUUGAGGAAACAAGAUAUGCAGAGAGGAGAGAGCAAGAAGAAUAUAUUCAAAUGUUGAAGGAUGGAUGGAUGAAUGCAAUGAGGGAGUUGGAUGAACAGAGAGAGCUUGUGAAAUUUCUCAGUCAAGAGUUAGUCAAUACAAGUAAAAAUUUGGAGUAUGCUACAACUCGAGCUGACCUUGCUGAGAAUGGAUGGAUAAAGGCAGUGAGAGAGUUGGAAGAAGAGAGGGAGUUUGUGAAAUUGAAGAAGACAGAAUGUGAGGAGAUAAGACAAAGUUCCAGGAGACAAAUGGAAAAGAAGGAACUAGAGUUAGCCAAUGCAAUUAAAGCUGCUGCAGCUGCUGAGGAAAAGCUGUCUGAUCUGGAGACGGAUAUCGACUCAUCAGAUGAUAAGGCUUGUGCAAUUUGCCUGACAAACAAGAAGGACGUGGCCUUUGGAUGUGGGCACAUGACUUGUGGGGACUGUAUGCUGACAAUUUCCAAUUGCCAUAUAUGUCGGGAGCCAAUAACCAGCCGUCUCAGGCUAUUUCCUGGCUGACCAGUGGUAUGAUUGGAUUGAGGAGGACGGUGUAGAGUCAACCAGGGAACAAAUCUCUCUUCAUUACCCUGCUUUGUAAGAAGAUCAAUGUUUAGAACCUAAAAAAAUAGUUGGCACAAAUCUGGGUGAUCCUUGAGUGGGAACUAAUGGGUUUCCCCAGUAAUUAAUUACUUUGUUGGUUCGUUCUGAUGAGGAUGAAAACUUGAAAAAGUAUUACAAGAAGGUGUUGUGAAUUCAAAGGAACGCUACUUGUUCAACGUUGGACUCCAUGUUUUGAUAUUUCUGAGAAGAACUUCCAUCCGGGAAGAA